AUGUCAUCGACAAAGAACCUCGUCGAAUUUCCCGACGUGGAGGCGAAGCUUCAGAAACCAUCCAAGCAAUCCGCGUUCGAGAAACAAAGAGCCGAAGCCGAAGCUAAAAAGGCCCGCGAGGCUGCCGAAACCGCCGCAGUGUACCAGGACUUUGUCAAGAGUUUCGAUCACGAUGAUGACGACGACCCGAGAACCGGCCGGUUUGGCUCGAUGCCCUCACAAAGACCCCAGCCCAAGGUCCCUGGGUUUGGCGGCGUUCCGUUGGGCGCACCUGCACCAUCCAAGCGACACUUUGGCGCAUCGAAUCCCAAGAGCGGCCCAGGUAGUCUAGGUCCUACUCCGAGCUUCAAGAGCGGCCCAGGAAGCUUGGGGCCUCCGCCAGGCUCGCUUGGACGGAAGAGAGGCUUCGACGCAUACCGACAGGAGAGGGAAAGAGAUGGCAGGCUCGGGUUCGAGGAAAGGGAGGAGCCGACUUCGGUCGCCAAGGUCUUCCACAACAGUGACGAUGAGGACGAAGGCAAAUCGGACUCGAGAGCUGAGGAAGUUGCAGUGGCCAGACCUACGUUGCGUCUUUCUCAGCUGCCGCCUGGAACAUCACCUGCUUUCAUCAAGUCAUUGAUCCCGACAAGCCUCAAUGUUGAACACGUCAAGAUUUUACCGCCUAUGGGACCUUCAGGCACGGAGAAAAAAUGCGCCGUGGCCAUUGUCACACUAUCGCCAGACACGCCGGCGACAGAUCUGGACGCAGUCGUAAGCUCGCUACAAAAUCGCUACUUAGGUUACGGUUGUUACCUAUCGUUGCACCGGCAUCUAUCCUCGACAGUCGCAACCGCAACGACAUCGACACUGGGUGGCACAUCUGCUGGAUCGCAACCUUUUGGUGCCAAGCCUGUGUCACAGCAGACAGCACCCGGUAAUGCGACAACACAGCAUGCCUUCCAUCGAGGGUUUGCGCCGCCAACCUCGUAUGCCCCAAAUAUUGGUGGAGCAAUUAAUCGGAGCACUAUUCUUCACGUGCCUGUCAAGCCCCCAAACGAUGUCAAGAUGGUACAACUUAUCAACAAGACCAUCGAAUCGGUUCUCGAGCACGGCGUGGAGUUUGAGGCUUUGCUAAUGAGCCGUUCAGAGGUUCAACGGGAGGCAAAAUGGGCUUGGAUCUGGGACGCUCGCAGCGAAGGAGGUAUCUGGUACCGAUGGCGCUUAUGGGAGAUCGUCACAGGAGCGUCUGCUCGGAGCAACAAGGGACGGUAUCUACCGCUCUUUGAUGGCAGCCACGCCUGGAAAGCUCCAGAGAAAGGUCUGCCGUUCGAGUUCGUCACAGAACUUGAUGAGUUCGUAUCCGAAUCGGAGUAUAACUCCUCAGACGACGAGGACUUUGACGGGGAGAACCGCGAGAAUCAGACUCAGGGGCCUGAAGCAGAGGCUACCUUCCUGAACCCCCUCGACAAAGCAAAGCUUACCCAUCUCUUAUCACGCUUGCCUACAACUUUAUCGAAAAUUCGGAAAGGAGAUGUCGCCCGAGUGACAGCUUUUGCCCUUACACACGCAAGCCGGGGUGCCAAAGAGGUCGUCGAUAUGAUCGUCUCGAACGUAGAAAAGCCCUUUGCACUGACGGCGGCCAACCCAGAGUUUCAGUCGAAUGGCAAAGAGAAGGGCAGACAAAGGGAUGAUUCAGAGCCGCCUGAAGCUGAGCCGGAAGAGAAAGCCGAGAAGGAGGGGCCCGAUACCAGCGGUGCAAGCCUUGUGGGACUAUACAUUGUCAGCGACGUGCUAUCGGCCUCCUCUAGUAGCGGUAUUCAGCGCGCUUGGCGGUAUCGACAGAUCUUCGAAGGAGCACUCAAAGAGCGCCAGACCUUUGAGGGUCUGGGGCUGAUGGCUGAGAAGCUAAACUGGGGCCGACUGCGGGCUGAGAAGUGGAAACGAAGCGUUGGUCUAGUCCUGAGCCUUUGGGAGGGUUGGUGUGUCUUUCCGACAGAGAGUCAGGAACUAUUUGCCAAAAGUUUCGAAAGCCCGCCAUCUUCAAAGACACAAGAGCAGAUUGAAGAUGACGCAGCCAAGAAGGGUAGAUGGAAGGUGGUCGAGAAGACCUCGAUGCCGGCCGCGGAUUUUGCCACAACGCGUACCCUUGACCAGAGAGCGCCAGAGCCAACAGCUGACAAGGAAGAGGAGGAUGUCGAAGGCGAACCAAUGGACGAGGAGGAUGUUGCCGGUGAACCCAUGGAAGAAGACGAUGUCAUGGGUGAACCAAUGAGCGAGGAGGAUGUGGAGGGUGAGCCCAUGGUGGAUGAUGAUGUCGAGGGGGAGCCGAUGGAAGAGGACGCAACCGAAACGGCAAAGGAUCAGUCACCAUUGGGCGAGGCCAGCAGCAAGGUAGAAGCAGCAGCAGCAGAGACCGCGGAGACUGACGACACACAUACUGCCGGACGUUUGCAAUUCUCAGCCCAGCCAAAGGGACAGCCUCGGAAACGGAUGAGAGCCGUGGACAUGUUUGCUGACUCUGGGGAUUCGGAUGAGGGCAACUAG